AUGUCUGCUUUUACGAAAAGAUUUUAUGAAGCAGCAGCCAGUGACUACUUCGAGGAAACGGAAGUCUCAAGCUGGUCAUAUCAAGGCUUUCUGGAGGCCAUGAAGCCUUUCUGCAUCGCCGGUGGUCGAGGUUCGGUUGAAGACCGAGAUUUCUUGUGGCGGAAGAAAUUCAACACCUGUUUGAAGACUUUCGUGAAUGAUGAUAAGCAAAGCUCGCAGAAUGAUCUGUGCAUGGAACAACAGAGAGUAGCAAAGUUUUUGUUAAACCAGAAGAAAUCUGAUACCACGUUCUUUUGGAGAAAUCUUGAUCUAGAGAUAGAAUUGGCAGAAAAACAGGCUAUUGUUAAGCGUAAAUCACAGAUCGAUGGAUUGGAUUUAUUGGACACAGCUCGCAAUCAACAAAAUGGCGUGCUGGCUAGUGAUCUGAGUGCAACAACGCCAAAAAAGCUACGUCUAAUGGAACAACUUUCAGAUACUGAACUCUCUCCACGGCAAAUCCUAAAACGUGAUCAAAACGAAUUAGCAACGGAUGAUGGCGAAGUUCAGAUGUCGCAUGUGGACAUCACUAGGUUUAAAGAAGCGUAUGAGCAGAUGGACGAUACAAAAAAAUGGGUGCUGUCGUCGGGAAAAGUAGUUGAGGAUCAGUUGUACAAAUUUGGCCUGAAGUGCACUCAUGAACAUCUGUGUCACUCGUUUAUCAUCGAUCCGGAUGAUGCGAGCCUUAUGAAUGAAAAGGUCUUCACGAAAUCGGAGAUAGAGGAGAUACGUACGUACCGACGGCAGGCACUCCCAAACAUGCCGCAAGAUCUGCUUGCAUAUCUCGUGAAUUACAAAAAGUCCAAUAUAUCUGAUCUCAAAGAUUUGCUUUUCUGUUCCGAGUCCUGGAAAUCUGCGUACAACCGAGAGCGGGACUUCGACCGGGACUGGAUCAGAAAUACGGUUGAUAACCUGCUUCGUCUGUAUGAAGCUAAGAGCCUUGACAAAGACCAUUCAGAAGCUUGGUUGAACUUGCACGUGUGGUCACUUGUUGACCGAGCAUUCCAAAAUGUUGAUGGCAUCGAAGUUGAAAGAAUAGGAAUCGUGCUGUCGCUUCGCCGAGGCGACUUAAUAAUUCGUACAAUGUCCAAAGAGUUUGGUUGUGGAGAAGCAGGGAGGCUGUUCAGUGGGAACAAUGGAACAAAGAUUCUACGUGAGAGGGGCCUCAAGACGCCCAAAGUUAUGAAGGAUCAAUUCGAUGAUUUGUGCGCAGGGCAAACAAAUGAAAACACUGUCCGAAAGCUUAGGACUGUCGGGUUCAUCCAUGCAGGACUAUCAGUACUGCUACUGACAUUAGAUUCUCCCACCGGCUAUAUUUGCCGAAUUUCUCGUUCAAAUUUGUUGAGAAUUCCAUCAACUGUGAGCGAGUUCGGCAAAAGAGUCCUUCCUGUUAUCAUGCUUGUGUGGAAGGCAAAGAAAAUCGUUUGCGACACCAUCGAGAUUAUGGGAAAUGACGACAACAAUGAAGACGGGCUAGAAGCUCUUCAAAGGUCAUGCGACAAUGACCCACGUCUUACACCACCACAUCAAAUAGUUUGUCUUCUGUCUUGUUUUGAUACUCCCGAGAAAAAGGAUGCAGAGAAAAAGGACAAACGAUGCAAAUAG